AUGUCUGACAAACAAGAAUCCCCAUUGCACACCGUCGGCUUCGAUGCCAGAUUUCCAAACGUUAACCAAACCAUGCACUGCUGGCAAUCCUAUGUGGAUUACCACAAGUGCGUGAACAUGAAGGGUGAGGACUUUGCUCCUUGUAAAGUGUUUUUCAAGACCUACUCAUCCCUGUGUCCUCUUGAGUGGGUGGAAAGAUGGGAUGACCAGAGAGAGAAGGGCAAAUUCACCGGUGACAUCAAGCCAUAA